AUGUGUGACAUCCAACCCGAGCAAAAGAAUGCGCUCAUUUCUGCUCAGAACCAUGGCACCCUUCUACUAAUGGUGGCUUGGUCUCUUGCGAGCCUGCUGGUUAUUGCCGCAAUUACAAGAGCAGUCGCACGAUGCAGAUCGGAACGUCUUCGUCGGCUACCGUGGAUUGACGACGUAAUAAUAUUCGUCGCAUUCUGCUGUGCUAUCGGGAGCACCGUUAUCAACACCAUCGCCGUCACGCUGGGGUUCGGGAUGGCAAGAUGUCUAUUGAGCGAUGAUGCCGUAGAGAUGAUCGAGCUUAUGUUGUUCAUCUCGACAAUCCUAUUUGUCGUGACUGUCAGCAUAACCAAGACCGGGGCGCUGGUGUUCCUCUACCGUCUAGCCGAGACAGUCAAGCAAAGGGCAAUUGUCAUAGUCAUGGGCACACUGGUUUUGCUAUGGAUUAUUGGUAUCACAGUUGGCAUGGUCUUCCAAUGUGAAUUGCCGAUGCCCUGGAAUAUAUGGAACGGCACGUGCAUACCCUUGAUUCCAUUCUGGAUGACUUUGAUCAUAGUGGAUGCAGCCUUGGACACGGCCAUUUUCAUUCUCUGCACAUACAGUGUUUGGAGAUUGGACGAAUCGUAUCUCCAGAGGACGCUGGGAACAUUACUUCUAUCACCGAUGUUAAUCCUAGUCGCAGCAUCCAUCGUUCGCGUCAUCUACCUUGAACCAGCGUUUGAUCGCGACGCAGACCCAACCCUCAAAUCUAUACCUUAUGUCAUUACCACACAGGGUCAAACUACACUUGCUGUCUUCAUAGUCUGCAUUCUCUGUCUUAAGCAAUGGCCGUACUCGCGUCCUCUCAAGCCCACAUCAAGACAUUCCAGGCGCUGGUCUGGUACCACGAUUGAUGCCACUCUCUACGAAUCCUACAACUCAUAUAAAAGCAGCUCGCCCAUGGUCAAAGGGCCUUUGCCUUCGACGCAGUCUAGCAUGCUAGCAACCAAAUCUUCUAUGGGUUCGCUGAAGAACAAUGCUCUAUCAGACAAGCCGGCGCCAAGACGAUCUCCCAUACCGCCGCCAAGACCGCCACCGCCGCCGGAAUCACAACGGCCUGAUCUGAGCCUGUUCUAUAAAAGGACCUCAAUCCGCCGCCCACCUGUUGGUUAUGUGGUUCGGUAG